UGAGCCGCACCCCCCCCUCACCGCGCCCUCGCGGUAACCGUCUUAUUUUCCGUACGAGCCCAGAGCAGCAACGUUUGGCGCCUUGGGAGAGUUCGUCAGUAAUUACAGCGAGACACAACUGGGUGGGCGUUUAGGACAGGACGGAAAGCCGGCAGAAAGAUCCAAGGAGUUCACAGUCUCUCCACAGAGACUUUCAAAGUGGACCUCUGGAUGGAGAUGGCAGAGGAAGAUAAUAGUGGGGAAGAAUACCCAAAUGAAAUUCAUGAUUAUCUGUCAGCAUUUGAAAAGUCUCUUGGUUCUGUAGAUGACAUGCUGAAGACUAUGAUGUCUGUUUCUAGGAGUGAACUUCUUGAAAAGUUGGACCCUCUUGAACAAGCAAAAUUGGAUUUGGUUUCUGCAUACACGUUAAAUUCGAUGUUUUGGGUAUACCUGGCCACUCAAGGAAUCAAUCCCAAGGAACAUCCAGUGAAACAAGAGCUGGAGAGAAUAAGAACGUACAUGAACAGAGUCAAAGAAAUAACUGACAAGAAAAUGGCGUCCAAACUGGAUAAAGGAGCUGCAGCAAGAUUUGUAAGAAACGCAUUAUGGGAACCAAAACCUGAAAAUAAUCCUAAAGUGAAAGCUUCUGCUAAGACAAAAAAGAGAAAAACAAACUAGUUUUUUAUUUUCUUUUGGUUGUAUUUUUGUUUAUCAGAUAGGGAGAUAACUAGAAAAUUAUUUUUUAAAUUGUGUUUUGUAUAUAUAUUUUGCAUCACAUAAAUGAUGAAGUAAAACAACAAUUCGGUGAAUAUAUCUUUAGCAAAGAUCUAAACUGUAGGGUCACGUUGAACAGCUGCUACUGAGAUCACACCUGUAUAUACACAUGUAUAUCUGACAGUGAAAGUUGGUCCUUGGAGAUUAACUUUAAAGCUUGGCUCUUUAAAUGAGAACAAACUAAUCAUUUUUGCCAGCUCUUUGUAAUAAUGUGCUAUUUCAUGAUUUGCUUCUAAUUCUAAUAAUUUUUGGGAUAAUUCUGGCUGGUUGGAACUCUAUUUUCUUAGUUACUGCUAAAUUUAAUCUCUGAAUAUUCAGACAGUCACAAGCGAUGGACAUCUAGUCUGUGUGAAUUGUUUAUGUAGGAGCCACUGGUUUUCAAGUACAUCUGUGUAUGUAAUGCUUAAUUUGUAGGGCAUACUAUCCUUUGUAUUGCUUGUAUUAAAUAUACAUGAUGCCUCUUUUUUUUUUUUUUCUCCAAUCUCUCAACUUGAAUUAAGAGCUAUUUAUGGUCUUUAAUGUUUCCAUGGCCUUUAAGUAUGGAUGAGAGCUUAGUGCUGGCACUGCGAGAUGGACAGUUUAGCAGGGAUUCGCUCUGGGAAUGGUGUGUUUUGCUGUUCCCUUUGAUACUGAGUGUGGAAAGUAUUCUCUAGUACGGUAAAAAGUAUUGAAAUACUGGGCAAAUACCCUGCUUCAUAUAUGAUUAAUUUGUACUCUUUUAAGGAGCAUAUGCAUUCUUAAUCUGUUGGGAAUUUGUUCAGGAGAACCUGUUAGUUCAUGUUUCAGUACACUGCAAGCUCACAAAUUAAUAAUACAAAUUUGGUUUUUUUGGUGGAGAAGGUUUGCUGUGUUGAAGGUGGCGAGAAAAUGCCUGUGAUUAGGCGUGCUCUGAUUUGAAAGAUGGAAGUGCUGGUAUUAGUGAUGGGAUGAAUAUAAGGGCUUGUCUAUACUUACGUGCUGGUUCGGCGGCAGGCAAUCGAACUUCUGGGUUCGAUUUAUCACGUCUUGUCUGGACGUGAUAAAUCGAACCCAGAAGUGCU